CCCACCCUUAAUUACUGCCAACCUACCGCUGGGGCGGGUCCCACAGCAACCCCCCCCCCCACACCGCAAGAACCACCCGCAUGCGCCCCUGAGGUCAACAUCAACAUUUCGGCUUCACCUUGACAUACCCAUUGUGACCCGCUCCCACCUAUCUACCUGCCUCACGAUCCGGCGAAUCUUGCUUUCUUUUUUUGUCACCCUUUUCUUUUUCCUUUUAAUUUAUCUCCGAUCUGCCGGCAUUCCAUCCCAAACGAGAAGGGGGGCCCGCAUCCUUAAUUGGAUCCCGACCGCCGAUGCGAGAGGCGACGUCGGGCACCCGCGUGACCGCCAAAACCAAUCAUGUCCUCGUCCGUGGCUCGCACCCGCUCGCUGCGGAAGCCGAAGCAGGGCUCCUCGGCAGACCUGCCCCCGACCGCGACCGGAACAGCCCCCGCCGCCGCAGUGGCAGCGACAACGACGGCCUCGGCCCAGCCCCCCGGCUCCCCGAGCAGACUCCCCGCGCCCCGGCCGCGCCCGACGACGCGCAGCGUUUCCGGCGCCAGCGUCGCCAGCACGACGGCCAGUACUGACGCUGCCGCCGUGAAGAAGAAGCCGAACCCCAUAUCCACGCUCUUUCGACGAAACGCCCCGACGGCGCCUACACGCCAGCGAGAUGCCGCCGGCACAGCAACUUCCGUCGGCUCUGGGCCCCAAUCCGCGCCGCCGUCGAGAACGAGCGCCCUCGCGGGCCUGACGAGGUCGUCUUCCACCAGAGAACCCGGGCUUACACGAACCCGGUACCCGGCCAACGCCUCGACGAGCAACCUCGGACAAUACUCCUCCUACUCUACCACCACCGGACCCGGGACGAGAUCAUCGACGACCGCAAGACCGACGACGUCGGGAGGCAUGGCCGCCUCCAAAACAUCCACCAGCGCGGCAUCCACAACGGCGUCAGGCCCCACAAAGGGACACGCGCGCGCCAGGAGCGUCGCCACCCUCAACGGAAGCACCGUCCUGCGGCCGCCCGGCCAGACGUCCGCGGGCCCUGCGCCGGCGAGGGCACGGCCGACGUCCCUCUACGGCGCGCCUCCCACCUCGACGGCGGCGCCCGCGCCGGCUGCGAGACCGCGCCCGCCUUCGGCGACCGACCGCCUCUCCUCCAAGCCCUCCGUAUCCUCCCUCUCCUCGGCAACAACCACCUCAACGACGACAUCAACGAGGCCAACCCGCACCCCCAGCGCGUCAGUCGCCCCCAAAGCCCCCGCGAAGCCGGCCCAGCCGCCGAAACCCACCCGCCAGCAGCAACCAGCCUCGCCCACCGCGUCUCCACCGCGUCCUCAUCCGCCGAGGACCGCCGCCGCCGCCGCCGCCGCCGCCACCACCACCGCGUCGCUCCGCCCGGCCUUCAACACCCUCCAGCAGCACUACUCCCCGCCAAGUCCCUCGCCCCGAAGCCCCUGACGGCGACGUACCUCGCGCCCCCCUCCCCCUCCAAGCUUCCCGCCAACGUCGCCCUCACCGCCGAGACGGCCCGCCUGCAGGCCGAGCUCCUCCAGCUGCACCUCCUGCAUCGCGACCUGCCCCAGACCACGGCCGCCUGGCACGCCAGCGCCCGUGCCGCCCUCGCCGCGCGCCACGCCGACCUCGCCAAGUCCUCCGCCGACCUCGCCCGCC